AACUUAUAGGGUUUAUAUCUAAAUAACAACAUGUUUUAUUAAAUUAAACGAAAUCGGUCGGCGAAAUGGCUGUUAUAUUGAAGUAUCUAGUUGCCGGCUUAGUGCGGUUUUGGCUUAUUCAUAUAGAUUAUUGGCAAACGAUAGCAAAUCGAGUUGAAAUAGCUACUCCUCUGAACUCAUGGAAGAGGUUAGUCGAGGGCGUCUACUUAUACGACCACAAUAUAAACCCCUACGAAGGAGACUCGUUCCAUGAGUCGCCUAUAAUGUUGGUGUUCUUCCACUUCCUGAUGAAAAGGGUACCUUUCUUGCUACCGGCAUUUUUUACUAUUCUAGACCUGUUGACAGCGUACUUGCUGUACAAAACUUCUAAGGCAUUUGCGCGGAUUUUUAAAGAGUCCCAAGAGAAUAUGCUGCAUAAUGUUGAGGAAGAAUCGAAGACCAUGUUACUAAAUGAUGCACACCUGAAGGAAGCAUCAGAGUAUGUACUAUCUGUGUAUUUAUUCAAUCCAUACUCAGUGCUCAACUGUGCAGGAAUGACAACAACUGUAAUACAGAACUUCUUGGUAGCUGCUUCAUUGUGGGGUGCUGCAAGUGGAUACAGGAUACUAGCCUGUGCCUUCAUAGCACUAGCCACACACCAAGCACUGUACCCUGUGCUACUGAUAGUGCCCAUUGCGAUUCUCCUGGCAGAUGUGAACAAAGGCUGCAACAAAUGCUCAUACAUUCGUACAUUACUGGUGUUUGUACUGUGUUGGGGUUUCUUGAUCUAUAUCUCUGCACAUAUAAUGGAUGGCUCAUACCAAUAUGUCUACAAUACCUAUGGAUUUAUAUUGACAGUGCCUGACUUGAAGCCAAAUAUCGGGUUAUUCUGGUACUUCUUCACUGAGAUGUUUGAGCAUUUCCGGCUGCUGUUUGUAUGUGCAUUCCAAAUCAAUGCAUUGGCCUUAUAUGUGGUCCCACUGACAUUAAGGUUUAAGAAAGAACCGGUGCUACUUGCAACAGUGCUCAUUGCACUUUCUACUAUAUUCAGAUCGUACCCCUGCAUUGGCGAUGUUGGAUUUUAUUUGGCUUUACUACCAAUGUGGAAGCAUCUGUUCACUUUCAUGCAGCAGAAAUUCAUUGUGGGCUGUGCAUUCAUCAUCACUUCAGCACUUGGACCGACUGUCUGGCACCUUUGGAUCUACUCUGGCUCCGCAAAUGCCAAUUUCUUCUUUGGAGUGACAUUAUCCUUUGCUACAGCUCAAAUAUUUCUUAUAACUGAUUUACUUUUUGCUUAUAUUAAGAGGGAGUUUACUCUUAAACAUGGGUCAUCUCGUCUACUGGAUGGAAAACCGGCCAAAUUAGUACUUCGAUAAUGUUUUGUGUCAAUUUUCCAAAUAAGACAAAGAAACUGUGUAUAAAUUGCAUUUAUCAGACUUCAUUAGGGUCUACUGAGUCACAGAACAAAAUGUUUCGUUACCUAAGCUUGCUGUACAUACUUGUUUUAGCAGAAUAAUAUAUUAUGCUACAUACUGAAGAAUAUUUUGUCAUAAUAAUGAAAAUUUGGUAGGUAACUGAAAUUGUUUUAUACAUUUUUUUAAUGUGUAGGCUUUUGGUUGUGCCACCACAAGUAUUGUUUUUUUUAGAAUGUGUGUGUUCAAGUAAUUUAUGUAUUUUUUUAUCAUUUUAUCAAGGACAAAAACAGUUAAUUUAGUUAUGUUUUGUAAAUAAUGUGGUGAUUAAAAUUUUUUAAUGAAAUCCCUGCUAUUUAAUUCUAAUUAUAAAUUAAAUGUAAUUAAAUUAGAUAUUAUAGCAACUGUGUUGCUGACAACCAUUAUGUAUUAUGAGGCAUGACUGUGAAUUUAGGUUUGUAAUGGCUCGUGCACAGACUUGGUGUCAAUAGAAAUAAAUAUUUUUGUAAAACAA